AGCGGGAAGAGAGAGAGAGAAAGCGGGGAGAGAGAGAGAGAGAGAGAAAGGACACUUUGGAGCUCUGCUGAGGGCUCCCUUUGAGUAUUCAGCUGAUCACUGAGCAGCACAUGCAUGUGCAGAAAAUACCGGAGCCAGAGACUGAACCACUGGAAAAGAUUAGAGGUCUUGGCGAACAGCGCGCACACAGAGCUCGUGGAAGUGGAAGGACCUGCGUCCGCCGGUCAGCUUGGAGAACCUCAAGAUGCCCACAGCUCAAGUGCAUGGGAUAUUUCUUCAACUUUCCUCAUCACAGGCAGCAAGACUUAGUGGCAGUUCAAGCAAGAUGAUAUCUCUGUCCAUCCAACGGCCCCUUGUGACCAUGUGCUUUCUGCUGUCAUCACUGUUGAUGCUCUUAACUGUGGCAACUCCAUCCUGGUGUCAGAGCAGUGAAACGACAUCUCCAAAGGCUAGUAACAGGGCACCAUUUCCUUGGAAUAAAAUGCGACUUCUGGAGCACAUCAUCCCACUUCAUUACGAUCUCAUGAUUCAUGCCAACCUCACCACCCUGACUUUCAGGGGAACCACGGAAAUAGAAAUCACAGCCAGCAAGCCCACCAGUACCAUCAUCCUGCAUAGUCACCACCUGCAAAUAUCUAAGGCCGCCCUGAGGAAGGGAGCUGGUGGGAGGCAGUCUGAAGAGCCCCUGAGAGUCCUGGAAUACCCGCCUCAGGAGCAAAUCGCACUCCUGGCUCUGGAGCCCCUGGUGGUUGGGCUCCCAUACACCAUUGUCAUUGACUAUGCUGGCAAUCUUUCUGAGAGUUUCCAUGGAUUUUAUAAAAGCACCUACAGAACCAAGGAAGGGGAAGUGAGGAUACUUGCAUCAACACAUUUUGAACCGACUGCAGCCAGAAUGGCCUUUCCCUGCUUUGAUGAACCUGCUUUCAAAGCGAGUUUUUCAAUCAAGAUCAGAAGGGAACCAAGACACCUCGCCAUCUCCAACAUGCCACUGGUUAAAUCUGUGACUGUUGCUGAAGGACUCGUAGAAGACCAUUUUGAUGUGACUGUGAAGAUGAGCACCUACCUGGUGGCCUUCAUUGUUUCAGAUUUUAAAUCUGUCAGCAAGAUGACCAAAAGUGGCAUCAAGGUUUCCGUGUAUGCUGUUCCAGACAAGAUAAAUCAGGCAGAUUAUGCCCUGGAUGCCGCGGUGACUCUUCUAGAAUUUUAUGAGGAUUAUUUCAGCAUUCCAUAUCCCUUAUCCAAACAAGAUCUUGCUGCUAUUCCUGACUUUCAGUCUGGUGCUAUGGAAAACUGGGGACUGACAACAUACAGGGAAUCUUCUCUACUGUUUGAUGUUGAAAAGUCUUCUGCAUCAAGUAAGCUUGGCAUCACGAUGACUGUGUCCCAUGAACUUGCCCACCAGUGGUUUGGGAACCUCGUCACUAUGGAAUGGUGGAAUGAUCUUUGGCUAAAUGAGGGAUUUGCCAAAUUUAUGGAGUUCGUGUCUGUCAGUGUGACUCAUCCAGAACUGAAAGUUGAAGAUUACUUCUUUGAUAAGUGUUUUAAUGCUAUGGAGGUAGAUGCGUUAAACUCCUCACACCCUGUGUCCACACCUGUGGAGAAUCCUGCUCAGAUUCGGGAGAUAUUUGAUGAAGUUUCUUAUGAAAAGGGAGCUUGUAUUCUGAAUAUGCUAAGGGAUUAUCUUGGUGCCGAUGCAUUUAAAAGUGGUAUUGUAAAGUAUCUGCAGAAGUAUAGCUAUAAAAACACAAAAAACGAGGACCUUUGGAAUAGCAUGGCAAGUAUUUGCCCUACAGAGGGCACACAACGAAUGGAUGGAUUUUGUUCUAGAGGUGAACAUUCAUCUUCAUCUUCACACUGGCGACAGGAAGGCCUUGAUGUGAAAACCAUGAUGAACACCUGGACGCUUCAGAAGGGCUUUCCCCUGAUAACCAUCACAGUGAGAGGGAGGAGCGUACACAUGAAGCAAGAGCACUAUGUGAAAGGCCCGGACGACGCCCCAGAAACUGGGUACCUGUGGCAUGUCCCAUUGACAUUCAUUACCAGCAACUCAGACUCAGUCCAGCGAUUUCUGCUGAAGACAAGAACAGAUGUGCUCAUCCUCCCAGAAGAGGUGGAAUGGAUCAAAUUUAAUGUUGGAAUGAAUGGCUAUUACAUAGUGCAUUAUGAGGAUGAUGGAUGGGAUUCUUUGACUGGCCUUUUAAAAGGAAAACACACAGCCAUCAGCAGUAGUGAUCGGGCCAGUCUCAUUAACAAUGCUUUUCAGCUUGUCAGCAUUGGAAAGCUAUCCAUUGAAAAAGCCUUGGAUUUAACCUUGUACUUGAAACAUGAAACUGAAAUCAUGCCAGUGUUCCAGGGUUUGAAUGAACUGAUACCUAUGUAUAAGUUAAUGGAGAAAAGAGAUAUGAAUGACGUGGAAACUCAGUUCAAGGCCUUUCUCAUCGGGCUGCUGAGGGACCUCAUUGAUAAGCAGACUUGGACGGAUGAGGGCUCCAUCUCAGAGCGAAUGCUGCGGAGUCAGCUGCUUCUCCUGGCCUGUGUGCGCAAGUACCAGCCCUGUGUGCAGAAGGCAGAAGGCUAUUUCAGACAGUGGCAGGAAGCCAAUGGGAAUUUGAGGCUGCCCAGCGAUGUGACCUUGGCAGUGUUUGCUGUAGGGGCCCAGAACCCAGAAGGAUGGGAUUUUCUUUAUAGUAAAUAUCAAUCGUCAUUGUCCAGUACUGAGAAAAACCAAAUUGAAUUUGCUCUCUGUAUUACCCACAAUAAAGAAAAGCUUCAGUGGCUACUAGAUCAAAGUUUUAAGGGAGAUACAAUAAAAACUCAAGAGUUUCCAGAUAUUCUUAGAGCUAUCGGCAGAAACCCAGUGGGAUAUCCAUUGGCCUGGCAGUUUCUGAGGGAAAAUUGGAAUAAACUUGUACAAAAGUUUGAACUUGGCUCAAGUGCCAUAGCCUACAUGGUAAUGGGAACAACAAAUCAAUUCUCGACAAGAGCACGGCUUGAAGAGGUAAAAGAAUUCUUCAGCUCUUUGAAGGAAAAUGGGUCUCAGCUCCGUUGUGUCCAGCAAACAAUUGAAACCAUUGAGGAAAACAUACGUUGGAUGGAUAAGAAUUUUGAUAAAAUCAGAGUGUGGCUACAAAAUGAAAAGCUUGAACUGCUGUAACAAUCCAUUCCUUAUUGGUUCCUGUGAUGUGUAAUCUCCAAAAUUUUAUUUAAUGUGAAUAUUUUCAAAAUAGAGAUGGUUGUCUUGGCACCCAGUGAAGAUAUUUCCUGCUCCUUCAACUCCUUAUUCAUUCGUCCCUUCUUAUGAAGACUGGCUGUUAACUUUUUCAUCAGGGGGUUAUUGCCACCACGUGUUCCAUUAUAGGUGUUACCCCCAAAUGUAAACCCAAGUGGUGGGUUCCCUACUAUGGAGAAGUGAAGUACCUUAUUCUUCUAUUUUAUAUUUUAUACUUAAGCCCUGCGGUCUCCAAACCCCUGGUCCUCACACCCUGCUCCCCAUGUGCUUGUCAUUCAUAAGCUGUUGUGUCAGUCUCCUGGGAAGACUCUGAACAGUAGUGACUACUGAACCAUGAACCCCUGGGGCAGUGAUUGAGCCAGAAGGGCCCUCAUCUGCUUUCCACCUUUCUCUCCCUUGCUGUGUGCUCAGGGGCUGACUUCUUGGAGGGCCACAUCAUGAGACUUCCCUAUCCUCUGGCUUUUGGUUGACCUCCCAGGAGGGCAGAUAAGAGCUGGGGUUGGGGAGAGAGUAGGUGAUGGUGUUUAUUCCCCCCAUUCCCUUGCAGGUUGCCUCAGGCUGGCCUCCACCGAAGGUCUCAGCUCUAGGGAGGUGGCCCUCUUUCCCACAAGCCUUCUCCAUCUGUGCGUUCUAGUAAGUGCUUCCUCCUCUCAUCCCUUCAGGGUGAAGGGUGAAGUGGGAGCCUGGCUUAAUUACUCCUGGCUGGACUUGUGGUUUCCAUACAUCCUGCUCACAUUUUUGUUUCAAAAACAAAAACCAGGGCUUCCCUGGUGGCGCAGUGGUUGAGAGUCCGCCUGCCGAUGCAGGGGACAUGGGUUCGUGCCCCAGUCGGGGAAAAUCCCACAUGCCAUGGAGCAGCUGGGCCCGUGAGCCAUGGCCGCUGAGCCUGUGCGUCCGGAGCCUGUGUUCCACAGUGGGAGAGGCCACAAAGUGAGAGGCCCGCGUACCGCAAAAAAACCAAACAAAAAACAAAAUCCCCCACAAAAACCUUUUAUAGAACCCUCCUCAGAUAAUCCUAAUUUGAGUGUGCCAUCUAUUUCCUCAGGACCCUAAUAGUGUCUCUUCUGAAAAAGCCGAGUGCAUUCAGGUCUAGAAGAGAAACUUUUCAUUUGAAGUUGAACCUCAGAGCUUUUGAUCCUUAGGUAGGUGAUGCUUCCUCUCCUUGUUCCUUAUUUGGCCUAGUUUAUAAUCUCUAAAUAAGUUGUUAUUGGCACUUACUGCCAGUAAGGCAUUGCAGUCUCUAGCAAAUGAUAAGGUAUUGUGAAAUGGAAAAUACUUGCUUAUAUUAGCCUAAGUGAAGACAGUGUGUUGUAUUGGAAUUGAAGUCUUUUAUGAUUUUUUUUUAAUAUAUUGCAAAAUUUAAGAUAAAGGACUAUGAUAUGAAAAAUGUCAAUGUGUUUUUCUAAUACAGUAUGGAAUAGAGGAUCUUUUCUGGACAUAAAUGUGUUUGCAAUUCCAUUUUCAUACAUAUUGCAUGGCUUAAUGGCUUGAGAACUAAAACCAGAAAUCACUGGUAAUUUCCAUCCCCAGGUGUUUUUCUUCUAAAAAAAAUACAAAGCCAAGAUUUUAAUGUAAAAUAUUUUUCUUUAAUUGCAUCUUAUAUCUUGAUUAAUGAAACAUGGAAAUAGUGGUUUUCAGUUUUGGUCACCUGAGGAACCUAUUUUCAUUUGCUUUUAGAGAAGUCCAUUUUCUAAAGAGACACAAUAUUGCCACACAAUGUGCAA